AUGGAGAAUCGAAAGGCCCCAAUUUCUGAACGCGUGAAACUAAAGGAUCUGGACAACUUGUGGAAUUUGCCAAAUGAUUUUCUGAUCAAAUUUUGUCUCUCUUGCCCUUUAAAGAGGUGGUGGCAACUUGUAGAAUUAGUGUUGAGCAAUAUCCCACUGCUGGUUGAGGUGUCAAUAUCUGAGCGUGAUGACAUGGUCAUUAACACCCCAACCAGCAGUGGGACAUUGCUCAACACUAAUUCUAUACAAGUCCCAGAAUAA